AUGGCGAUGUGCGAGGACGUGCUGCUGUGUAACUUCGCCAAGUGCCGCGCCAAGCUGUCCGGCUUCGCCUGGGUCACCGCCUGCUCGCACGUCUUCUGCGACCAGCACGGCAGCGGCGAGUUCAGCCGCUCGCCCGCCCUGUGCCCGGCCUGCAAGAGCGCGCUGGCCGGCAAGCUGGACAUCGUCCGCACCGAGCUCAGCCCGUCCGAGGAAUACAAGGCCAUGGUGCUGUCCGGCCUCCGGCCAGAGCUCAUCCUCGACAUCGCGUCCCGAGCGCUCGCCUUCUGGACCUACCAGAUCCACCAGGAGAGGCUGUACCAGGAGUACGCCUACAGCAAGGCCGAGAGCCGGCUGAGGCAGAUGGAGAAACUGUACACCCAGCAGAUCCAGGGGAAGGACAUGGAGGUCAGCAACAGCCGUGGGGAGGUCUCCUCCCUCAAGAAGCUGCUGGAGGAGUACAAGAAAAAGUACAGCGAGAUCUCGGAGAAGCUGAUGGAGAGGAACCGACAGUACCAGAAACUGCAAGGGCUCUACGACAGCCUGAGGCUCCGCACCCUGGCCAUGACAGGGGAGGGAGACUCCGCGGUGUCUGCUCCACCUUCCACAGCUCUCUACAGCCUGCCCAUGGGGGGCCUGGCCAAGUACAUCCCGACGGAGAGCCCCCAGGGUAGGCCGGCUGCCGGGGAGGGUGGGGACUUCCACCUGCGCCCCUCCUUCUUCGGCUCCCCCGCGGCAGAGCGGUCGGGGGGCUUCUUCACCUUCUCCCCGAGCGAAGGGGCUGCCCAGGAGCUCCGCCAACCCCAGGCCCAGGCCCAGGCCCAGGCGCGGGCCCUGGGGGCGAACGGCCUGUACAAGAUGAAGAAGAUGUGAACGGGACGUGGCACGGGGAGGGACCUGGGGUGGGAGAACCCCAGAGGCUGAACACUGACCCCCCCCAACCUUUCGCUGACCACUCCCCCCACCCUGCGGUGGGUCUCUGGGUUCACACGGCCUGACCGAAACAUCCCGUGGUCUUCAAUCGACUCCCUACCCCCACCACCUGAUGUGGCGUCUCCCCCUCCCUCAGGGCUUGGCUCCUUCCUACCCGGUUGUUUCAGAGUUCUGUCCAUUAAAG